AUGACGGACACCCUUGGCUACGGGCUCGAGAAGAGGCGCCAGGGGAACCUCGAGAUCCUUGCUGGCAGGGAGACGUUCAGGGAUGAGUUCCGGCGCAUGCUACAGAGCGUAUCCGCCAAUGGGCAUACCUUCGAGGAGUGCAAAGAGGUCCUGAAGAAGAAUAUUUGGCUGGACCCUGGCUUCAAAGAUUUCUACGCGUACUGCAAAGAACACGACAUCCCGGUUGUCAUCAUCUCCAGCGGCAUGGCACCGUUGAUCCGCGCCGUACUCUCGAACCUCAUUGGCGACGAGGAGAGCGCGAAGAUCGAGAUCGUUGCAAACGACGCGAUCGUGCAGCCUGAUGGCAGCUGGGAGAUCACGUACCGGCACCCGUCGAGCGGGUUCGGGCACGACAAGAGCCAGGCGAUCCUGCCGUACCGCGCGCUGCCGCAUCCGCCGACAACCUUCUUUUUUGGCGAUGGCGUCUCAGACAUGUCCGCGGCGCGCCACGCCGACGUGUUGUUUGUGAAGAAGAAGCCUGGUGCGGACAACGACCUCGCGGCGUACUGCACGCGCGAAGGCAUUCCGCACAUCCUCUUCGAAGACUUCCAUCGCGCGCUGGGUGUUGUCAGCCAGGUGGUGGAGGGCAGGCUGAGUGUGCAGGACGCGCUGGCUUUGGGAACGGCGUAGCGGCACAAUGGUCUCGGCCCCGAGCACGCGUGCCGUGUCGGUUCGUAUCCAUUUGUAAACACGCUCACAGGAAUCCCAUAAGGAAUAAACCUUCC